AUGCACCUCUUUGGUGAGGAAGAGGUGCACAAGCUAGAUAUCUUGGCCAUCCAGGAACCUAGCAUCAAUACGCUGACAGAACCAAUGACAACGUACUCACAGGCUCUUGGCGGCCGAUUUCACGUCGUACUCCGCCCGACGGCGUCAACCGAACCCAUACCACGGGUCUGCUUUUUCAUCAAUAAGAGACUUGACCCGCGGACAUGGACGGUCAGACACAUCACAAGGGACAUCAGCACAGUCAGCAUCAACGCGAGCACGGGAACCAUCCACAUACACAAUGUCUACAACCCGAGCCCCAGGUUAUCGCAGGACGAUGUACUCCGCGAAGGCGAGGCUAAUGAAGGACCAGCUGACGCUCAGAGCACACUGAUACCACUUCAUCACGCACUCAGCAGAAGCGGUCAGCACAUGGUGGUAGGGGAUUUUAAUCUCCACCACCCUCAGUGGUCCCGGCGAGGGUAUUAUCGUACAGACGUAGAGGCCGAGGAUCUCAUCGGUCUAAUGGGAGAUCACGGCCUGGAAUUGCUGACUCCAAGAGGCACAACCACCUGCGAAAAGCACGAGAGAGGGGCGGUCUGGAAGACCACGAUCGACCUAGCGUGGGCAUCAUCCACCCUGGCCAACCGUCUUAUACGCUGUGAGGCCCAACGCCAGUGGUUACAUGCUGCGGACCACGUCCCGGUCCUCACAGAAGUCAACAUUGAAACACAGCAACGCCCACGGCACAAACGGCUACAAUGGAAGAACGCAGAUUGGAAAGCCUGGCUGGCAGCUCUCACGCCGCGAAGCUAG